AUAAAAAGUAAUCCAUUACUUUCUUCAACUCAUACUGGUUCCCGCCAACUCAUUAUUUACCCCCCUAUACUUCCCGCAAACCCAGAAAAAUCUCCAAAUUCGUAGCUACAACAACACUAAUUAGUGUUCUAAAGAGCCAUUGAAGAUGACGGAGUUGAACUGGAAGCAUCACACGCUGAUUCAAGCUUUGCUUUCACGUGGCCCUCUCAAGCGGGACGAGUUCCAUCGAAUCUUCAAUGGCCUUACCGGCAAAACCCCAGGCAGUCAUCAGCAGCUAUUUGAUGAUUAUCUUUUGAAGAUAAACAAGGCACUCUCUUGUGCCCAGUUUGAGUUGCGGGCUUGCAGACAUCAAUAUGAUGGUGAAAUUUAUUAUGGAGUAAUCAAUAAUGUCUCUGAUGAACAGUCCAAGCUAGGAACAAGAUAUUCACAUCCCCAGAUUGCUUUCUACAAAGCUAUGAUAGAGGCUAUUGUGCAAAAUGGCCCAGCUGACGGUAGCAUAUCCAACAUUGAUGCUCUUAAUUUGCGAUUGGAGAAUCAGGCUCAAACUGGAACAGGUUCACUAUCACAAGAUGGUUAUUACCCUGCACUGAGAAAUUUCUCAUUGAGUCAAAAGGAAACUACUCUUCAAGAACUUCUGCGUGACCAAUGGCUGUCUCAUACCCCAGAUGGUAACAUUGGACUUGGAAUCAGAUCUUUCCUUGAUCUACGAAGUUGGUUCCAUAAUAAUGAGGUUCCCUCGUGUGAAGUUUGCAAUGAAGCUGGAGUGAAGGCGGAGUUGUGCCAGAAUGAAGCUUGUAGUGUUCGAAUUCAUCCGUACUGUUUGAAGAAAAUGUUUUCCCAGCAUAUGGGUGCAAGAGUUUGUUCUGGUUGUGGCACACAGUGGCAACAAAAAGAACCCAAAGCCGAAGCUGUUGAGGAAGUUGAUGAGCCAACUGUAGCAUUGCAGAGUCAGCCACCUCCUGCACCCAACAGAAAGAGGCUACGACCCAAUGAUGCAGCUGAAUCUGGUGCCUCUCAACCUUCAAUCCCAAGUUCAAACCAUAAAAGAGUUACUCGAAGUUCUUCCCGCACCUGAUAAAUAUGUUUACAAAUAUUCCUAGGUGAAGAUGAACAUGCUGUAUAUUUUUGCUCAAAUGUGCAUAUAUCUCUUGGUUAGUGACAUGAGAGUUUUUUGCUAUGGUAGGCAGAGGCAUCUGCCUUAAUUUAACUAACAUUAAUCGGUAAAUUUGGUAGACAAAUUUAAUGGUGGUAGUUCACUUUCGUUGUAAGUACAUACACCACCUGGUGGAACUAUAGAGAACUGAGGAGGAAUCUGACGAGAGAAUGGUGAUGAUCAACUUUGCUGUCUUC